UUUGUUCUUAUUUCGGUUGCUGAUUUCCUCUCCAUCGGCGAGAUCCGCAUUGGGCCUUCUCCGAUCUUUGCAAGAUGGAAUCCGCCGGAGAGAAUCUCGGAGGGCUGAGCAUCGCCGGUGGCUGGAUCUCGUCAUCCCCGAAUCUCGACAAGAAUCUCGGAAUUCUCUCCGCCGAGGAGAUUGCACUUGCAAAGAUGCUAUUAGAUAAGGGGCAAAAGCAUUUGUUUGAUCAUUGGCCAGAGCCAGGUGUGGAUGAUACAAGGAAAAAGAAUUUUUUACAUCAGGUUGCUCGACUUAAUUCAAGCUAUCCUGGUGGUUUGGUAUCGUAUAUUCAAAAUGCAAGAAAACUUUUGUCUGAUUCAAAAGCUGGGAAAAAUCCAUAUGAUGGGUUCACUCCUUCCGUCCCAUCAGGAGAAAUUCUGACAUUUGGUGAUGAGAAAUUUACCUUGUUGGAAGAGGCUGGUGUGCGAGAAUCUAGGAAAGCUGCCUUUGUACUUGUGGCUGGUGGGCUCGGGGAACGACUUGGCUACAAAGGAAUUAAAUUGGCCCUUCCUUCUGAAACUACAACAAACAGAUGUUUCCUUCAAUACUACAUUGAGUCUAUUCUGGCAUUGCAAGAGGCUAGCUGUAGAACAGUACAAGGUCAUGGUGAAGCUGAAAUUCCUCUGGUGAUAAUGACAUCUGAUGACACUCAUGCGCCAACAUUAUCGCUUUUAGAAUCAAAUUAUUAUUUUGGAAUGAAAAGCUCUCAAGUGAAACUUCUUAAACAGGAAAAAGUAGCAUGCUUAAAUGAUAAUGACGCAAGACUUGCAUUGGACCCAAAUGACAGCUACAAAAUGCAGACAAAGCCACAUGGUCAUGGUGAUGUGCACACACUUCUUUUCUCGAGUGGUCUACUUAACCUCUGGCAUAGAGCAGAUAUUAGAUGGGUUCUGUUUUUUCAAGAUACCAAUGGAUUACUAUUUAAGGGUAUUCCUGCUUCAUUGGGUGUCAGCGCAACCCGAGGAUAUCAAGUCAAUUCUCUCGCAGUUCCCAGAAAGGCAAAAGAAGCUAUGGGAGGGAUAGCCCAACUUACUCAUACGGAUGGUAAUACACUUUUUAUGAUAUUUAGGUACAAAAUGGUAAUUAAUGUGGAGUAUAAUCAGUUGGGCCCCUUACUAAGAGCGACUGGGCAUGCUGAUGGAGAUGUAAACUGUGAGACUGGAUUUUCUCCUUUCCCUGGAAACAUAAACCAGCUUAUUUUGGAGCUUGAACCAUACAUACAGGAGCUUAGCAAAACGCGAGGUGCUAUUGCUGAAUUUGUUAAUCCCAAAUACAAAGAUUCAAGCAAGACAUCCUUUAAGUCCUCAACGCGUUUGGAAUGUAUGAUGCAAGAUUAUCCAAAAUCUCUUCCUGCAUCAGCGAAGAUUGGAUUCACUGUAGUGGAUAAAUGGCUUGCUUAUGCACCAGUAAAAAAUAACCCCGAAGAUGCUUCCAAGGUGCCAAAAGGAAACCCAUACCAUAGCGCGACAAGUGGAGAGAUGGCUGUUUAUAGAGCGAAUUGUCUCAUGCUAAAAAAGGCUGGAGUCCUUGUAGCUGAUCCCAUUAUUGACAUCUUCAAUGGUCAGGAGGUGGAAGUGUGGCCCCGCGUCACAUGGAGUCCGAAGUGGGCCUCAACAUUCACAGAUGUAAUAUGGAAAGUCGGCAAAGGAUGCUCCAUUUCCCAGAGAUCUACCUUGGUCAUCAAUGGCCAGAACAUAGUCCUUGAUGGCCUCCGCUUGGACGGAACUCUUGUCAUCACUGCUAACGAUCAAGCUGAUGUCAAAGUGACAGGACAUGUUCAAAACAAAGGAUGGACUCUUGAGCAUGUUGAUUACAAAGACAACUCAAUUCCUCAGGAAAUCCGGAUAAGAGGCUUUAAGAUUUACAAAAUCGAGCAGUUGGAGUUGAACUACAUGGAAUCAGGGAAAUUUCAAUUCCCUGAACAAGAAGGAGCUGAAUGAGUUAAAGAAGAAGAGGACCAGAAUAAUAGUCAGAGAAAGGAAGGCAGAAGAAGAAGACAUUUGGCAGUGCCUCAUUCACUUGGACCUUUCUGCAACAAGCCAACAAACAACAAUGGAGUUCUGGACCAGACAGAGAGAGAUGGGUCACCAUUAAACUAAUCCCUGUAAAACCUUGGGGCAUUGCACAAUACUGGACAGUGAUGUCUAUCUGCUUUCUCCUCAUGUUCAUCUGCACAUUAUUCCUCCUCUUCUUUUUGGGGGAGUUUGACUUUGGUCAGAAAGUUCUUUGUUUCCAUCAUUUGUGAUGAACUCAGAGUUGACAUAAAGAGAUAAGAUAAGGCUAUUAGUUCUUUUUUCAUAAUUUUGAUAGGUGAAGUCCCACUCUAUUGGACUACUUGAUUGUCAAAGAGCUGGCCUAGAUGCAUUCCCUCUUUGGAUGAGUAUCACACCGGUUCACUCAACCAAUCUACUCUUAUCAUCUAGUCGUCGAGGCCCACUCAACCAGAUCUUUCAGAGAUCACCUCAAACCACCUAAUUCUAUAACAGUGCAAUAAGGGACAAAGACUUUUUAUAUCUGUUUUGAAGAGGGAGGGAGGAAUGGUAUCAUUCUACUCGACUAAAGUCCCCACCUUUGUCGAUCGGAUAAAUUCGGAGCACAACUUAAAACCGUGCCAUAUUUUGAUUUCGAUAUAGGAUUCCUCACCAUUCCCUUUGGCCCAAUCUCAAUGAAGUGAAAUGAAAGAGAAGACUCAGGUGUUCAUCUUGACUUGGGGAAGAUGAGCAGUGGAUUGCAGGCUUCAAGCUUCAUGAGAUUUACAUACUUCGAUGGAAUUGCAACAACAUGAUGGAACCCGAGAAAAAUGCGGUAGCAGGUCAAGGAUGGAGGAGGGAUUCCGCAAACACUAAUCAUUUGAGGAACACGAUGAUGAAGCAGGAAGAGGUCUUCAGGUUUCAGGUGCGCGAGCUUCAUCGCCUGUACAGAGUGCAGAGGACGCUAAUGGUCGAGACCAGGAGCGGCAAGAAGGCAGCACUGCACCAACUCGACAUGAACUCGAAUUCAGGAACGUCGAAUUCCACGCUGAAUUUCGCAGACUGGAUCAGUUUGGCGGCCUCGGAAGCUUGCAAUUCUUCAUCGGAAGACCAAAGUCUCUUCUCGUUCGGGAAACAGAUGAAGGAGAAGAUCGAAGCUCAGUGCCCGCAGCUGUCCUGGCCUGAGGCAGAGAGUGAUCUGCAAUUGACAUUGAGCAUAGCGUGUGGAACGCAUGAGGAGAGAUAAGACAGACAGGUUUCCGAGCACGUACAGAAAUUGAUCUGCUGAAACAGAAAUGCCUUCCUUUUGUGUUUCUCGUUAAUUCGGGUACUCAAACCUGACGGACCUAACCAGGUAGGUGGCGUUCCCUCUUAAUUGACGCAUCCAACUGCCUACCUCUGUCGGCGAAAAUCUACGAUAAAGCAAUUCGUCCAACUGCCUACCUCUAUCGGCGAAAAUCCAUAACUAUGGCACGACUCUAAGAAUCUAUCAUCGUGCUCAGGAGCCACAGUAUAUAUAUCAAUCCAACUAAUUUUUGAGAUGGGCGGCCCGGCUACUAGGCAAAUUUGGAAGAACAAAUGAUUUCUUACGUAGCAGCCAACCUUUUAGAUGUUUUCAUCCUAACCUGUAAUAUAUCGUGGCUAGAGUUUGAAUCAUGAGUGCUUGGAAAACUGUUUCAGCAUGCUGCGGUGCACCAAGGCUUGGAGGCACAUAAAUGUCUUUUUAAAAUGUUCUGGCUUGCGCCAAAUGUACAGGUAAAUCAGGAAACACAAGUAAUUUCAGACUUGACAACCAGGUGUACAAAAAAUUCAACAUCGCCGUCAUGUGUCCAGCGAGAACCAGACUUUACUCUGCGGGUUCAUCACCAAGCUCGUUUACCAAUUGGGUUGUGUCCCUAGCGCACGUAAGUGCCUUUUAUUUUAAGCAAAAGAUCCCGUGGUGCUAUGCAGAUCGAUUUCACGAUUAUAUACGAAGAGAUAAAUAAAAAAAAUUACAGUUGAUUAUUA